CUACGGAAAAAAAUUAAAACACUCUUCCAAAAGAGAUAAGAUAAGGCGGGAAUUCUUGGAAGUAUAAAGAAUGCUUUUUUCGAUUGAUUAUAGACAGUAUUUGUGAUAUCUUCUCUCUGAAAACAAUAGAAAAGUUUGCUGAAUUGUGAAUGAAAGUAUUUGUUAAAGAAAAUAGUACAUAAUGUUAAAAUUUGUGAUAAUUUUAUUAGUUUUAAUAACUUUCUCAGUGUACGUCAAUUCUCAAGAGCAUCAAAUGGCCAAUCAGAAAUAUUGCUUCCGGUUUACGUGGCUAGGACCAAAUUUUUACAAUGAGAGUAAUGGAUUUCGAAAUGCUACAUGUGAUCAUCUUCUAAAUGGCGCAUCUGGAAUUCCUUGCCAACUUCCUCUCACCAUUACAGAUAACGGCGGUAUACCAAACACAACGUACAUGUGGGAAUAUUACCAGAGUGAUCCACAACAUAUUGCAUGCAGAAUGGCCCCCGGCGAUGUUUGUGUCAAAUACACUUAUUCCUUUAAUCACCAAGUGGAAAACAUUACGUAUUUCUGCUCAAAGGUCCGAAUAGACAAUGAAGGAGCUGCUACAUCUGGCUGUUACAAGGAAUAUCGAAACGGAAGAGAAAUUGAAGUUUGUGUAUGUGAGAGCGUACGUAAUGAAAAGCCCUGCAAUCAUGCCAUUAACAUUCUUCCCCAAACUGUGGGAAUUUUUAUCAUUGGAUUUGUCAUUGUACUGGAAUAUUGGACUGUCUUCAGAUAGGGGAUCUAGAAGAUAUAAUCCCCUUCUAGAUGUGUUUUCUGCUGUGUAAAUUAUGACGUUCCCACCCUCCUUUUGACACCUUCGCAAAAUUGCAAAUGAUUUAUUUAUUGCACAAAAAUAUGAAUAAAAAUUUAGAUGAGAAUAAA